AUGGCUCCGUUUAAUAUAAAUGAUUUCAUAUCUGAACCUUCUCUUGAUUUAUUGGUGAAUACUACUCUUAAAAAAGACGAUUGGAAGGCACUUGCUGGUCAUUAUGAAAUUGAAAUUAGAGCUUGCAUGACGAAAGCAGUGAUUAAAAGUAUUGUUAUUGAAAGUCUAGUAAAUUCAGACAUUCUUCCCAUGUCAGCGUUGUCUUUAUGUGAUAAAGUACCCCGUGAAGAAAAUAGUAAUGUUUCUGAACUAAUUGAAUUACGAAAGCUAGAGCUUAGAAAAUUAGAAUUAGAGCUUCAGAUUGGGGAAAGAGCUGGCUUUAGUCAACAAAAACCGCGCUUUGAUAUUAGCAAACACGCAAAAUUAAUUCCUCUCUUUGAUGAACAAGACCCCGAGGAAUUUUUCUUACAAUUUGAAAAGAUUGCAGAAAGCUUAGACUGGCCUGAAGAGAGCUGGACUGUGAUGAUCCAAACAGCUUUUACUGGACAAGCUAAGAGAGUGUUCACUAAUUUACCAAAAGAAAUAUGUAAAGAUUAUGAUGCUGUGAAAGAUAUAAUUCUUCAAGCUUAUGAUUUAGUCCCAGAAGCUUACAGACAGAAGUUUCGAAACCUAAGAAAAUUGGAGUCACAGACUUACGUAGAAUAUGCUGCUGAGAAAGAGAGGCUGUUACAACGCUGGUUGAGAUCUAGAAAUGUUCAGACAUUCACUGAUUUAAGAAGUUAUCUUUGUGCUGGAAGGAAGUCAGGUGGUAGUGAAGAGUCAGGUGAUCAGGGUGCUAGGCCUAGUAAAAUUGUAAAAUCUGCUCAAGGGAAAAAUAAAAUAGGAGUAGACAAGAUUGAUUCUUUAGUAACUUGUUUCUAUUGCAAACAACGUGGCCAUGUAAUCGCUGUGUGCCCUAAAUUAGCUGCUAAAAAUGUCGCUAAGGGAGCGACUUCGCUUACUGUUGAUUUAGUGGAAGAGACUGAUGUUAAUACUUCCCAUGAUGUUAAGUCUGACAUUUUUGAGCCGUUUAUUUUCACGGGAUUGGUUGCAAGUGACAUGUCCUCAGAUAAGAGUUACCCUGUUCGAAUUUUAAGGGAUACCGCUUCUUCCCAGAGUGUAUUAGUUAAGGCUUCUAUGCCUUUCGUGGAGAAUUCAUACACUGGGGAAUUUGUAGUCAUUCGGGGUUUUGGAGGGACCGUCACUCUCCCGUUAGCGCGGAUAUUUUUGCGAUCAGACUUAGUUGAUAGAUACAUCACAGUUGGAGUUCACGACUUUCCUCUUCCUGUGAGCGAAGCAACUUUGUUGCUAGGGAAUGACGUAGCUGGCGAAUGCGUUGUACCUGACCCGAUUGUACGCCCUGUACCGUCCGGAGUGAACCCCACAGAAUCCCUCGAGAAUGAGUAUCCGUAUCUCUUUCCCUCGUGCGCAGUAACGCGAAGCGUGUCUAAACGCAUUGAUAAGGAAACCUCUCCGACUAAUGUACCUAAUUUUGAUAACUUGACAAUUAGUUCCUUAUUUAAUGAGGAAGAGGGUAAUGAGGAAAAACUUGAUUCUGUGAAAGAGGUUAGUAUUAGGAGUUUACCAAUAACUCGUGACAUGCUCAUCGAUGCACAACGUAAGGAUAAAGAGUUAUGCAAAUAUUUUAGUCUUGUUGACGAUUCACAGCCACUCGAUAGUAUGUACUACUUAAAUUCUGGUGUAUUAAUGCGGAAGUAUAGACCUGUUGAUGUUCCGGCAACAGACACCUUUACAGAGAUUCAUCAAGUAGUUGUUCCUUUUCCUUAUAGACAGGAUGUUAUAAGUCUUGCUCAUGAUAUUAAUGGAGGUCACUUGGGAGUUUCCAAAACGUACUUUAAAAUUCUCAAACACUUUUACUGGCCAAAAAUGAAGAAGGAUGUGUCAUCAUAUUGUAAGACUUGUCAUUAUUGCCAGGUUGCAGGGAAACCUAACGAAGUAAUUCCCCCUGCCCCGCUUCACCCCAUUCCGGUAGUUGCUCAACCUUUUAACCAUAUCUUAAUUGACUGUGUCGGACCAUUACCGAAAACCAAAUGCGGUAAUCAGUACUUACUGACGAUCAUGUGUGCUACAACCCGUUACCCAGAGGCUAUUCCCCUUCGAAAUCUGACCGCAAAAAGUGUGGUAAAAGCUCUGACUAAAUUUUUUACUCAGUUUGGGAUCCCGAAUAAAGUACAGUCUGAUCAAGGUGCAAACUUUACAUCCGGUCUCUUUCAACAAGUCAUGAAUGAAUUAUCAAUUAAGCAAUAUUUGUCCACUGCUUAUCACCCUGAAUCACAAGGAGCCUUAGAAAGAUUUCAUCAAACAUUCAAAUGUAUGUUGAGGAAAUAUUGUGUAGAGGUGGAGAAAGACUGGGAUGAAGGUGUUCAUGUGUUACUGUUUGCUAUCAGGGAAAGCAAACAAGAGUCUCUCGGGUUUUCUCCAUUUGAAUUGGUGUAUGGCCAUGAAGUUCGAGGUCCCUUAAAGCUAUUAAAAGAGAGUUGGGUAUCAGAGGAACAUGUGAUGCCAUUAUUAAAAUAUGUCCAUACUUUUAAAGAGAGACUACUGCAUGUUCGUGAUUUUGCCAUGAAAAAUUUGUUGAAUGCCCAAGGCGUCAUGAAAGAACAAUAUGACAAGAAGGUUGAAAAAAGAGAAUUUGAGCCAGGACAGUUAGUGUUACUGUUUCUCCCUCUUUCGAAAAAUGCUUUACAGUCUAAGUAUUUUGGUCCCUAUCGCAUUAAAGAAAGAAAAGGUGAUGUAAAUUACGUUAUAGAGACCCCAGACCGUAGAAGGCAGGAACGUUUAGUUCAUGUAAAUCUAAUUAAGCCUUAUCACAAUAGAGAAGCAAUGGUAGAGCAUAAAGUGUUAGCUGUAAUCUCGGAAACAGAAGAGUUUUGUAUAGAUGACCCAGUAAAACUAAACAACAGUGACAUUUUGACUAAUCUUAACUCAAAAUUACAGCAUCUGUCAUCUCGUCAAUCUGAAGAGUUGGUGCUUCUCUUGAAGGAAUUCCGGUGUGUGUGUAGUGAUGUCCCGAGACCCUGCAGAGGUGUGCAACACGAUAUAGUACUGAUCGAGAACUCUGCACCCAUAAAGCAGUCUCACUAUCGGCUGAGCCCCGAGAAGCGAAAGAAGCUUCGGGAGGAGGUGGACUUCCUCCUUGCCAACGGACUUGCGGAGUCGAGCGACAGCGAGUGGGCUUCGCCUUGCCUGCUCGUCCCCAAAGCCGAUGGUGGAUUGCGUCUCUGCACGGACUACCGUAAAAUCAACAAAGUGACUCGCUCUGAUUCCUUUCCUCUACCGCGCUUGGAUGAUGUCAUCGAUGGUAUCGGCAGAGCUCAGUUCGUAACAAAAAUCGACUUGCUGAAGGGAUACUAUCAGGUGGAGCUGACGGAGAACGCGAGAAGAAUAGCAGCUUUUGUCACCCCCGACGGUCUCUUCGAAUACAAGGUCAUGCCGUUUGGGUUGAGGAACGCCCCAGCAACUUUUCAGAGGUUGAUUAAUGGUGUCAUUCGAGACUUGGAAGGUGUUCAAGCAUACCUGGACGACCUCGUCAUCACGUCGGAUACUUGGGAAGAACACCUUGAGCGACUUCGAGCUUUACUCGCACGGCUCGCUGAGGCUGAGCUGACAAUUAACCUGGCGAAGAGCGAGUUCGGGCAUGCCAAGGUCAUUUUCCUGGGUCACGUGGUUGGGGGAGGCACAGUGGCACCCGUCACUGCCAAAGUUGAGGCGAUCUUGCAGUACCCGACUCCGACAGACCGCAAGUCUUUGCAACGCUUUCUUGGAAUGGCUGGUUACUACAGGAGGUUCUGUCCGAAUUUCGCUCACGUAUCUGCCCCUCUAACAGACUUAAUUAGCCCUAAGAAGCAAUUUACUUGGACGUCAGAAUGUCAAGAAUCCUUUGAGAAAAUACGAGCCAUGCUUACGUCUCCUCCAGUUCUGACGUCUCCUGAUUUUGAAAAACCAUUCUGCCUGCACAUCGACGCGAGUGACAGUGGAGCGGGAGCUGUGUUACUACAGGCUGGGCCCGACGGUGUGGAGGUGUUAUAG